AUACUUCAGCUGGCAAUGCCGUAAUGGCGUUGUCAAUCUGACAUUCAGCACAAUGGGCUCUCGCUCUCUCUCUCUCUCUCUCUCUAGUCUCUCCCAACCUUUCGAUAUCACCAUCAAUCCCCCCUCCGUUCAACUUUAACUCUGUCAUGGCUUUUCCUGUUCUGCAUCUUCAUUAAUGUCAAGGUUUCGCUCCUCGGAAAUCUGAGGCAGAUUUCUGAACCUUGCAAUCUGUGGCGGAAUGACUUUUGUGGGUUUAUUCUGAGAAAAGACAGAAGGUACGGGAUUCAUCUCUGUUUUCUUGUUUAGCUCGAAGCACUGUACCUCAUAGUCAAAGGGGCUUCCUGUUGUGAUUCCUAAAUGUUCCCGGAUUUCUACGAUGUUCUUUUGUAUCAUCUUUUCUCCAAAGGCAUGAAUGCGGAGGCUUCAUGUUAUUUUUUUAUCACAAUGAUAUGGUUCAGUUAGAUUCUUACAGGUGUUAACAAAUUUAGUUGGAUGACUUGAGAUUAAGUGGAUGAGUUUUCAAUUGAGAUAACUCUGUUAAUUGUAUGGCAAAUGUCAUGUCGAUGAAUACUGUUUCCAGGGAAAUUGGUAUCAAUGAUGAUAUUAUUAUUGAAAAGUGGUCAGUUACUCAAGAGAUGAGGCUAAAUUCAGAUUUUUUGACAAUGAAGAACAGUUUUAAUAUGGUUUUUAGUAGUUUGCACAGCCUUAUAAUUUUACAUAAGACUUUGAAACCUGAAUCUCAAUGGCUAAUUCGUAUGUAUGGGUGUGAUAAUAAAUUAUAGGUUAUUUAUAUACAAAUCCAAGCCAUCAUUCCAAUGAUUGAGUUGCCAAAAUAUGUUGAGAUAUCCAUUAAUUACGUUUUCUUACUGUGCGGAGGGACAGCUUUGGUGGUAUUAGUUAACAGCUACAAAGUGUACUUGACUGCUUGGUUCUGAAAGUUCCUUCAUAUUGAAUGGCAUAAAUAUGUUUACAUUGUAUUCAAGUUUCUAUAUUCUAAUCCAUUUUGAUGAAACCUAUGCAGCUGACAGGUGAACAUGAUAUGUCCAAUUUAUUGAAUUGGGGCAAACAUGUUAAUUGCUUCCAUCUACAAACAUUUUCCCUCCAAGGCAUGGCUUACCGAGCUCACCUUUCCCCUAGACAGAAAUCUCCCAAGUUGCGCUGUGCCUUUCUUUUUUCAUUGGUGAUGGUUUGUGCAAUUGAAACAUUCAUCCAUGGCCAAAAGAUUUCUUACUUCUUCCGACCUGUUUGGGACAAACCCCCGGCCCCCUUCAUGCGUAUACCUCACUAUUAUGCAGAGAAUGUCUCCAUGGACCAUCUCUGCCGCCUCCAUGGCUGGUCGCUCCGUUCCCAACCUCGACGCAUUUUUGAUGUAAUCAUCUUUAACAAUGAGUUAGACAUACUCGAGAUCAGAUGGAGAGAGCUUUAUCCUUACAUUUCAAAAUUUGUGAUCCUUGAGUCAAAAACUACUUUCACAGGCAUUCCAAAACCUCUAUUCUUCACCUCAAACCGUGCCAGAUUUGCCUUUGCUGCGGACAAGGUUGUUGAUGGCAUGUUCCCUGGACGAGUUGCAACCCCUGGAUCACAUCAGGACCCUUUUGUGUUGGAGUCACAGCAACGUAUGGCUAUGAAUAGAUUGUUACACCAUGCAGGGGUUAUGAAUGAUGACAUUCUUCUUAUGGCAGAUACAGAUGAGAUUCCUAGCCCUCACACUCUGAAACUGCUUCAAUGGUGUGAUGAGAUUCCUGCAGUUAUGCAUCUUGAACUGAAGCACUACAUGUACUCAUUUGAAUUCCCUGUGGAUUACAGCAGCUGGCGGGCGACGGCAAAUGUGUACAGUCCCCUGACACGCUACAGACACUCCCGUGGAACUGAUGUUAUCUUCUCAGAUGCAGGAUGGCACUGCAGCUUCUGCUUUCGUUAUAUUUCUGAGUUUGUGUUCAAAAUGACUGCUUACAGUCAUGCAGACCGUGUGAAACAGAGAGAUUUUCUUUCUCAUAAGAGAAUUCAGGAGCUUAUAUGUAAGGGGGAUGAUCUUUAUGAUAUGCUGCCCGAAGAGUACUCCUUCCGGGAGUUAAUUAGAAAGAUGGGAUCCAUCCCGCGAUCAGCUUCUGCAGUUCAUCUUCCUGCUUACUUGAUUGAGAAUGCACCUAAGUUCAAGUUUCUACUUCCCGGAGGCUGCAUGAGAGAACCAGGAUGAAAUCAAUUUGGAUAUUUUAAUUCAUAAAAUGAAUGUAAUAUAUUGAAAAAAGAGAUGAAAAAUAAAUGAUUAGCGUAGAAAUAGAAUAUGAAUUUUACAUAAA